UGUGUGUGUGUGUGUGUGUGUGUGUGUGUGUGAGUGUGUGUGUGUGCAUGUUUAUCCAUUCAUCAGUUGUUGUAUUCAUCCACCAGUUUUUGCACACCCAGCCUGAUUCCGUAGUUUGCCUAUUGUGCACAGUGCUGCUGUAGACGUGGUGUGCAGCUAUCUCUGUUGCGUGCUGACUUACAUUCCUCCACAGGUCUGCCCAGGAGUGGUGUAGCAGGAUCAUGUAGUGGUUCCCUCUUCAGUUUAUUGAGGAAGCUCCAUAGCUCAUUUGCCAGUUAUUAAACUGGAUUACUUGUUUCCUCUCGUUAAGUUUUUUAAUUCCUCAUGUCUUCUAGAUGCUAACACUUUGUCAGAGAACAAUUGGGGAACAUUUUCUCACACUCUGUGGGUCGUCUCUUCAUUCCAUCAGUUGUCUCUUUUCUGUACAGAAGUGCCUUAGUUGGAUGUAACCCCAUUUAUCUACCUUUGCUUUUGUGUCCUGUGCUUUUGGCCCCAAAUCAAGAAUAAUUGCCUACACCAAUGACUUGAAGUGUUUCCCUGUGUUUUCUUCUAGUAGCUUGAUAGCUGCUGGUCUUCCAUGUAGAGUUUUGAUCUAUUUUGACUUGACUUUUAAACAUGGUAGGAGAGGGUGUUCAGGGUUCGGUGUUCCUCAUCUGAUGUUCAGUUUUCCCAGCCCCAUGUAUUGAAGAGGCUGUCUUUUCUCCAAUGUGUUUUUUGGCACUUUGUUGACCAUCACCCGUCUGUAGGUGCAUGUGUUUGCUUUUGGGAGCUUUGUUUCACUGAUUGAUGUGCCUGUUUUUAUUCCAGUGCCAUGCUGCUUUGGUUAGCAUGGCAUUGUAAAUGUGUACUGAAAGGAGGUGUUGCAAUGCCGCCAGCCUUGUUCUUUGUGUUUAAGAUUGCUUUAUUGAUUUGCGGUCUUUCAUGCUUUCGUAUGAGUGUAGGAUUUUUUUUUUCUAGUUCCGUGAAGCAUGUCAUUGGUGUUUGAAGAUUACAUUCAAUCUGUAAAUCACUUUGGAUAGUAUGGACACUUGAAUGUUGUUAGUACUUCCAAUCCAAGAACAUGUGAGGUAUUUCUAUUUUUGGUGUCAUCUUUAAUUUCUUUCAUCAGUGUUUGGUAAUUUUAUUGGAAGAUGUUUUUCACUACCUUGGUAAAAUUUAUUCCUAGGGCUUUUUUUGUAGCCAUUGUCAAUGGGAUUUUUUUUCAUGAUUUCUUUUAGGAAUAGAAUUACUGGUGCAUAAAAAUAUACUGAUUUUUAUAUCAAUUUUGGAUCCUAUAAUUGUAGUGAAUUUAUUACUUUGGAUAGUCAUUUGAUGGAGACUUUGUUUUUCCUAUGUGUAGAGUCAUAUUAUCUACAAAGAGGGAUAAUUUAAAUUCCUUCAUUUCUAGUGCUGUGCCUUAUUUAUAUUUCUUUCUCAGUAAGGAGCGAUUAGAGCCCUUUAAGACGUGAAGACCUGGGAGGAUAGUCUAGAAAGAUGAGAAAAGUUCCGUGGCUCUCUAGCUGGAGGAGGGAGGAGAGGACUGUCUUUGCAAGAGAAAGUGUGGAUGGCAGAGUCCCAGAAAAGUGUCAUCAUGGAUGCAGGAGCUGCCGCACAGGAGGAGCUGCAGGUGAUUCAGCCUGACAAGUCAGUGUCUGUCGCUGCUGGAGAGACGGCCACUCUGCGCUGCACUGUGACCUCCCUGCUCCCUGUGGGGACCAUCCAGUGGUUCAGGGGGGAAGGACCAGGCCGGGAAUUGAUCUUUCGUCAGAAAGGAGGCCACUUCUCCCGCGUCACACUACUUUCAGAUGUCACACAGAGGGACAACAUGGACUUCUCCAUUCUCAUCAGUAAUGUCACCCCAGCAGACGCUGGCACCUACUACUGCGUGAAGUUCCGGAAAGCCGGUGGCUCUGAAGACACGGAGUUUAAGUCUGGACCAGGCACUGAGCUGUCUGUGCGUGCCAGACCCUCUCCACCUAUGGUAUCGGGCCCUGGGACCAGGUCUACGCCUGGGCAGACAGUGAGCUUCACCUGCAAGUCCCACGGCUUCUCCCCCCGGAACAUCACCCUGAAGUGGUUCAAAAAUGGGAACAUGCUCUCCAACUUCCAGACCAAUGUGGAUCCCACAGGAGAGAGCGUCUCCUACCGCAUCUCCAGCACAGCCCAGGUGGCACUGGACCCUGGAGACGUCCACUCUCAGGUCAUCUGUGAGGUGGCCCACGUCACUUUACAGGGGGCUCCUCUUCGUGGGACUGCCAACUUGUCUGACACCAUCCGAGUUCCACCCACCUUGGAGGUCACCCAACAGCCCAGGAUGACAGGCAACCAGGUGAACCUCACCUGCCAGGUGAAGAAGUUCUACCCCCAGAUCCUGCAGCUCACCUGGUUAGAGAACGGAAACGUGUCCCGGACAGAAACGGCCUCAACCCUCACAGAGAACAAGGAUGGGACUUACAACCAGACCAGCUGGCUCCUGGUCAACUCGUCUGCCCAUAGGGAGAGCAUGGUGUUCACCUGCCAAGUGGAGCAUGACGGGCAGCCGGCAGCCAUUAGAAAACUUACUUUGCAGGGCACAGAUACCACCCCUGGUAAAAGUGUAUCUUCUAUUCCUGCUGUUCUCAUUGCUCUGCUCCUCAGCACCAAGGUGUUGCUGGCAAUUGGAGUUUCUGCUGUGUACAUCUGCAAGAAGCAGAAGGCCUAAGUCUCCUUCCUCCAUCCCUUGCCUCAUGCUGCCCCUUGACUGGAGAGGCUCGGCAUGGGACAGGAGUUGACGGGAAGCUUCCGUGGAUUCUGAUCCACAUGCAGUGCUCCAUGGACACCACCGGCUACAGGUUCCUGCUGCUCUUCUGCACAGCCCUUAAUGCAGAGGAGAUUCCUGCUCCUGAGCAGCCACCUGAACUGGCUCUGGGCCUGACUCAGGACCCCUUCCUAGGAUGUAACAAACCAGCUGAGUGUGAGCACAUCAGGGAAUCUCCCAUCCAAGGCCUCUAGGAUCAUCAUGACACACUCUAGUGCACACCCUCCAGACUUCAUCUGGCUUCAGGAUUCUUGUGUACACCAGCUUCUCAGCCUGCUGAGGUUCUCAGAUGAACCCCCAUCAUGGGUUUAAGGAGAAAAAUUGUUCUCAGUACUGGCAGAAUGUCUCAAGUAGUAGAGCACUGCCCAGCAAACAUGAGCCCCAUGUUCAAACACCAGUGCCAUCAAAAAACCCAAAAUGUUACAGGAAUAAAGAAAAGUUAUUUUCCUUCCUCUUUAUCCAUGUAUCCGAUUCCUUCGACUCCCUUCACCAAAAAAUCUACCCUCAUCCUCCGAGAUGAGAACAUUGGUUCCUCUCUUUCCCUGCCUUCU